GUGUAAACAGCGUUAAGGCCCCGCGACGAUUUGGGACCACACGGAUGCCUGUCAUUAAAAACAAAUCCACUCGUUUUAUUUGAUACUGUAGAGUAUUAAAACUUUACUAAGCAUGUUAACUAUCGUUCAGAUAUGAUAACUUUUAUGUGUAAGCGGAGCUGUUUUGUCUGGAGACCCUGAAAAAUCAUGACAUAUGUCUCGUUAUAUUUUGGUCGGUAGCGUGGACUUCAGUGACUGAAACGGGUCAAAUUUAAACCCUAAACGGGCUAAACAUAUUUUUAACUUAUUAAGACACAACACUGAAGCUAUGAAUAAGCGAGAAGGUGAAGGAUGUCCUCGGAAAAAUGCUGAUGCAGUGCAGGAUCGCGAUGUGAGCACCAACAGAUCCUCGCCUAUCAUCACAGUUUUCAAAGUUUUCCAGCAGGAGCUUGACACCAGACACGACAAAUAUGAGCGUCUCGUUAAGAUCAGUCGAGACGUCACCAUCGAGAGCAAGAGGACCAUUUUUCUUUUACAUAGAGUGACCAGUGUGGCAGAUCCAGAGGAAAUUCUGAAUGAAGCAGAUGUUAAACUGGAUGCAGUCAGGCAAAAAAUUGGUCAGAUUGCUGAAGAGCUCAGAGGAGAGGACAUCUUUCAGUUUCACAGAGCUUUUACCCCAGGCAUCCAGGAGUAUGUGGAGGCCGUCUCCUUCCUGCACUAUAUCCGUCACCGCAGCCUUAUCAGCCUGGAGGAGAUCAACGCCAGACUGGUGUUCAUGAGGACAGAGAAGGUUGAUGUCAAGGGCUCAGCUGAAGCCCUGCCGCCAGGCGCUCAGGUCUUGACCUUCCAGGUGACGCCUGCAGACUACCUGCUUGGCGUGGCCGACCUGACCGGAGAGCUGAUGAGGAUGUGCAUCAGCAGCGUGGGCAACGGGGACAUCGACACACCCUUCCAGCUGAGCCAGUUCCUGCGGCAGAUCCACGACGGCUUCUCCUACAUCGGGAACACGGGCCCGUACGAGGUGUCCAAGAAGCUGCACACGCUGCGACAGAGCCUGGGGAAAGUGGAGGACGCCUGCUACACCCUGCGCGUCCGCGGCUCAGAAAUCCCCAAACACAUGUUGGCUGAUGUGUUCUCCAGUAGGACCACACUCAUCGACCCCGAGGAAGGAGUGGUUUAAAUCCUGCAGCUGUUUUAUUUCUACAUUAUGUUCUCUUUGGUGUCAUUGUCUGCUCUGUUUUUGCUCCAGUUGGAUGAUUGUCUGUGUUUUGAAUGCAGUUUGACAGAUGUUUAAUGUCUUGCAAUGUGCUUUAUGUUAUUAUUCCAAUAAAAACAGCUUUAUAAUAGACAAUGUUUAUUUUCUUUGAUAAGGAUCUGAUGAUUUCACUUGUUUUGCAUGAAUAAACGUUCUGUGCCAAAUAUA